AUGCCCCAAAUAGAUCUAUCAGGGAAAGCCUUCUACUUUCAUGAGACGUCCAGCAGCAACUACGUGAAGCUCAUACCGGACAAGGAGGAGGCUGUGAGUGCAGCGACCAUCUGCCACAGGUACCACUCCACCCUGACAACAGAUCAGUGUCUCUUAUCCUUUGCCACCCCUUCCAAAGACAACACAUUUCUCCUCUUCAAAUUCGGGUAUGGCAAACACACCAUGGCCAUGAACAACGAUCAGCCGGAGUUGCUCAUGUCGGAUGAGAGAACUCCAUCAGGAUGGACUCAUGUGUGCGGGACCUGGGAGACGAGCAGUGGGAAGCUGUGGAUCAACGGGAAAGGCAGAGAGAUGAAGGCGGUAAAGAAAGGAAUGUUAGUUGAAGGGAAGCCUAUCAUAAUCCUCGGUCAAGAUCAAGACACUUACAGAGGGGGAUUCCAAUCGUCCCAGGCCUUUGUUGGCCAAAUCACAGAGGUACACAUGUGGGAUUACGUGCUGUCAGAGUGUGAAAUAAGCGCCAUGAGCGUUGGUUUGGCUGUUAACCCUGGGAAUGUUUUAAACUGGAAGUCAAUGCAGUACACUCGCAGUGGUCAUGUGUUAGUGAAGAGCAUUGAUGAUACCUGCUAUGUGAAAUAAAAUAAAGAAAAUACUAGGUA